UAUGCCGAUAGCUAACCGAUGAUUGCUGGAAAAAAGUAACUUAAAGUUCUUGAAAUUUGCGUUAAAAAUAUGUUGAAAUUUGGAAGAAAGAUAACUGGUGCAUUUUACCAAAGAUUGAGGACUGAGAUUCGUGUCAGGUCGUCACUAAUCAAAGCAUUUUCAAAUUCUGGAGAUAAUGUGGACUUAGUUGUUAUUGGUUCUGGUCCUGGUGGUUAUGUUGCAGCCAUCAAAGCUGCUCAACUUGGAAUGAAAACAAUUUGUGUAGAGAAAGAUAACAGCCUUGGUGGAACAUGUCUUAAUGUUGGAUGUAUCCCUUCUAAGGCUUUAUUGAAUAAUUCUCAUUUAUACCACCAAGCAAGCUCAAAUGACUUUAAGAACAGAGGUAUUGAAGUCUCUGGUUUAACUUUAAACUUGGAUCAAAUGAUGAAUCAAAAAGAGACUGCUGUUAAAUCUCUUACUGGAGGAAUUAAACAAUUAUUUAAACAAAAUAAAGUAACAGAGCUACAUGGUCAUGGUAAAAUAACAUCACCAAAUGAGGUAACUGUAUUUAAAGACGAUGGAAGCCAAGAGGUAGUCACAACAAAGAACAUUCUUAUUGCUACUGGUUCAGUUGUCACUCCAUUUCCUGGGAUAGAGGUUGAUGAGAAAACUAUUGUUUCUUCUACUGGAGCUUUAUCAUUGAAAAAAGUCCCUAAAAACAUGGUUCUAAUUGGUGCUGGAGUAAUAGGACUGGAACUAGGUUCUGUUUGGGGAAGACUGGGCUCCAAUGUAACUGCCGUCGAGUUUUUAGGCCAUGUUGGAGGAAUGGGAAUCGAUAUGGAAAUAUCAAAAAAUUUCCAAAGGAUAUUAAAGAAACAAGGAAUGAAUUUUAAACUCAAUACUAAAGUAACAGGAGCGACAAAGAAUGGUGAAAUUAUCAAAGUUGAUGUGGAAUCAGUUAAAGACAGUUCUAAAAAGAAACGGUAUAGACUUGAAUGUGACACAUUGUUAGUUUGCAUUGGAAGACGUCCAUACACAAAUAACUUGGGUUUAGAGGAACUAGGAAUACAGUUGGAUAAAGCUGGACGUAUUCCUGUUGAUUCUAGAUUUUCUACAAAGAUUCCAAGUAUUUAUGCAAUUGGUGAUGUGAUUGAUGGCCCAAUGUUAGCUCAUAAAGCUGAAGAUGAAGGUAUAAUAUGUGUUGAGGGUUUGGCUGGUGGUCCUGUUCAUAUUGACUACAAUUGUGUUCCAUCAGUUAUUUAUACACAUCCUGAAGUCGCUUGGGUUGGAAAGACAGAGGAAAUGUUAAAGGAGGAGGGUGUUGAAUUCAAAGUGGGUAAAUUUCCAAUCGCUGCGAAUAGUCGUGCUAGAACAAACGCAGAUUCUGAUGGUUUGAUGAAAGUUAUUGGUGACAAAGAAACAGAUCGAUUACUUGGAGUUCAUAUGAUAUCUCCAGCGGCUGGUGAAAUCAUUAAUGAAGCAGCACUUGCUAUGGAGUAUGGUGCAUCGUGUGAAGAUAUAGCUAGAGUUUGUCAUGCACAUCCUACGGUGUCAGAGGCAUUUAGGGAAGCAAAUACCGCAGCGUAUGCUGGGAAGGCCAUCAAUAUUUAGACGACAAUGUUUUGACCGAUUCUCAAGGUAAUUCUCUAAUUUUCUCACAUGAUCCAAUAUGAUCCAGCAUUAUCCACUGAAAUUUUGGCAUAUAUCCAUAAAAUGGAUAUUUAUGUUUUGUAUUUUUCUGUAUUAUGAUUGCAUAUUUGGCGGCAAAAUUUCAUCCCAGUAUAAAUAAACUAAAACUAUGGACAGAACUCCAAGAGAAUCACAGGUUUAAUGAUAUAAUAAAAACCUAAAACAAGCAUUGCUAUAAAUAUAUUUAUAUAAUCGAUA